AUGAGUGCAACAAAAGCCCCUUGUCUUCCACCCGACAACCUUCCACUUUUUUCCGGCACUUGUAUCAGUAAACCCUUGUACACUGCUAUAUUUUUAAUAAGUAUUAUAUUGGCUGGUAUUUCAUUUCUUAUGGUUAUCGCAUUGUUCAUUAUCCUGUGUUGGCGCAAAUCAUCAUCAACCAGACGAGGCGUAAAAAGGGAGUUAGCACCAUCAUCCGUCCAUGAUUCUUCGUCAGUUACAUCUUCUUCAUCUACACCUCGACCACAGAAUCCUGUUCCGUAUACCAAUGGCAAUAUUAGUGUCAUCACUCCACUGAGACAACCGCAAGUUCCAUCAUCGCGACUACAGCCGAAUUAUCCGAUAGAUAAACGAGAAUCGCAAAAACCAUUUAACUAUACGAAUAAUGAACUAGUGUCUUCGUCUCGACAACAUGAUUCAUCUAACGCCUAUUCACAACAACGAUAUCAAAAUUCCUACGAACAUUCGUCUUCGGAUGAUAUUCAAUCAAACUAUUUCUAG